GCUCCUGCUCUCCUGGCUCAGACCCAGCAUGCAGAGAUGCUCUGGCCUCUCCAGUGGCUUCAGCAGCAUUGAUUUCUCCUCCACUGUCCCUGGAGCCAUCCCAACUGCAGCAUCUGUGUUCAGACUCCUGGCCAGGACAGCACUGAGACCUUCUGACAGUCAAGGCACUUAGCAGCCUCUCAGGUCCUGGGGAUUGGACACAGGUGGUCAGAUUUGGAGAACCCGAGAUGAAGGGCCUCCUCACACUGGCUUGGUUCCUGGCUUGCAGUGUGCCUGCAGUGCCAGGGGGCUUGCUAGAACUGAAGUCCAUGAUUGAGAAAGUGACUGGGAAGGAUCCAAUAAUCAACUAUGGCUUCUAUGGCUGCUACUGUGGCUGGGGCGGCAGUGGGACCCCCAAGGAUGGUACUGAUUGGUGCUGUUGGAUGCAUGACCGCUGUUAUGGGGAACUGGAGGAGAGAGGCUGUGGCAUCUGGACCCAGUCCUAUGACUACAGAUUCACACAGGGCAUGGUCGUCUGCGGCUACGGGUCCUUCUGUCAGAUGAGGCUGUGUACCUGUGACCGGAAGCUGGUCUACUGCCUGCAGAGAAACCUCUGGAGCUACAGUCCAUUUUACCAGUAUUACCCCAACUUCCUCUGCUAAUGUCCUGUGUGGGCCGUGCCCUCUGCUCUAUUCCUGACUCACACUCCAGAGCCCCAGGGCUACACUUCCAUCCUCCACAGUCCUAGAGAAGCACUCUGAUCCAGGCUUGGCAAAUUCCCAGGAUGGCUGAGCCUGCCCUUGUGAAGUUGGCUCUGGGCCCAGGAGCUCCCCCUCUCCAGGCCAACACUGUGUUGACUUUGCUUUCGAUUUCUGGAAACCGAACUGUCAUUAUCACCCUCCAGAGACCUUUUACUGGAGUAGAAACCAAAUUAACUCUAUAAAUCUGCUAUGUAGAUAAUA